AUUCUCGGCCUGAAGACAUUGUGAAACACCGAAUCCUGAUCUCGUCCUGGGCAUGCAGAUAUGCAAUUUCAGAUUGCAGACAAAAGGCAGUAUCGUAUUUUGAAGAAUUCAUGAACGCUCACAAAACUAAAAGUGACAGGGCAGCUGAUGUGAUUCCUGCAGACAUUGUGUCUAUAGUUUACUGUACUGCUGUUCGAUUUUCAGACCAGGUGAAUAAGAAAAUUAGGAGUGAAACAUCUGAUGAUACCAGAAGAAAAGGUUUUCACAAUCAUCCGGUGGUCAGAACUUACGGCACAAAUAAAAAUAAUACUGAUAAAAAUUCUUCUUUAUCAUUUGAACUUUUAACAGAUGAAUGUACCAGCCAAGAUGUAGAGAACGUAACAUCAUCUAGUGCUUUUGAAUUUUUAUGGAAUUUAGCUGGAGAUAGUAAUCUGGCACAGACGCAAGUUUUGGCUAUUUUGAAGGCUUUGGCUUGCACUACGGAUAAAGAUAAGGCUCUCAGAUAUUUGAACGCUUCUUUAGAUCGCAAUAGUUUUAUCAGGAGACAAGAUGCCCAACUUGCAUUCUCGGGUGUUGCUUCAAACUCUAAAACUUUUAUGGUGGCCAGAAAGUUUCUAUAUGAAAGAAUCAAAGAUAUAUACGAAUAUUUGGGUCCGAAUUCAAAUAAAUUGGGCAGUUAUGUGGAUGCAGUAGCGGAUCAGAUCACAACACAGAAAGAUUAUGAUGAGUUGGUGGAGUUCACAAAACAGAAUGCAAAAUAUUUAGCACGUUCUCAACUGAUUAUUAAAAAAUCAUUAGAAAGUGCCCAAUUAAUGAUACAUUGGCAACAGAAGCAUUACGAUAGAGUAAUAAAACUUUUAAAGGAAUAUACGCAAGAUUAA